UACUAAGUUAAUAUUAAGAUUAGUCAAUAAUUAAGAUAUGAAUCAGCGUCUAAUCUUUAUGGAUAUGCACGGUUAUUGAAAAGUAUUACGUAAUUGAUAAAUUCGGUAUAUUUAGAAAAAUAUCAAGUACAAUAUAUAAAAAAGGAAUAAGUAAACGCUCGGUGAUGCAUGUAUUAGAAUUUACACUAUCAAUUCUCACAGUCGCCGGAGCUUGGCGACCGCUGUCAUGUACGUCGUUAGUGAAAAAUGUUAUAUACAAUGCUUACACAAUUUUAUUGAGUACAGCGGUAUUCAUGUUUACCACGACUCAAUUCAUGUAUCUAAUAUUUAACGCUAACAAUGCGGACGAAGUAACCGAGACGUUAUAUGUGGCCCUGCUUGGAUUGAUUGGAAAUUUUAAAAUAAUCACGAUAAAUCUCAAUCACCAGAGUUUCGCGGCUAUGCUCGAUAAUCUAUCAGAGAAACCGUUCAAACCGAUGGAACAGAAUGAGACGAUAAUACGAGCAAAGUUUGACAAAAUGAUUAAGACUAAUGCAAUUGUCUAUUUAACGCUCAUAGUUUUGACUGAUAUAUACAUGACUUCGACAUCUUUACUUAUGGAUUUCAGAAGAAGAGACUUAACGUUCAAGGCAUGGUUCCCGUUUGAUUACUCGGUCUCUGUGAUAUAUUAUUUUUUGUACAUUCAUCAAAUGAUCAGUGUAACACUAUGUGGUUUCUUGAAUGUCGCUAGCGAUUGCUUUUUCUCCGGACUAUUACUCCAUAUUUGCUGCCAGAUAGAGAUCUUAGAGUACCGUUUAUCAAGGAUCGCAAAUAAUCAAGCUAAACUACGCGAAUGCGUGCUUCACCAUUACCGCAUAUUCGAAUUUGCCGAUAUGUUGAACGAUAAAUUGGUAAUUGUCAUCGGUAGUCAAUUCAUAGGAGCUUGUUUGGUGGUGUGCUGCCUUCUUCUUCGUUUAACAAUAUCAACAUCCAGCUUCAUGUAUAUUGAAACGGUAAUGUGUACAGGUUGCGCGUUAAUAGCGAUAUUCUAUUACUGUUGGUUCGGAAAUGAAGUCAGAUUGAAGAGUAUACAGUUAUCGGAAAAUAUCUAUAAAAUGGAGUGGCCGGAUUUCAAUAAUGACGUGAAAAAGUGUUUCUUGAUUAUUAUGAAUCGUGCCACCUCGUUACCCAUCAAAUUUACCAGCGCACAUAUCGUCCCUUUGAAUCUCGAGUCUUUUGUGGUGGUGCUUAAAACGUCGUAUUCAGUUUUCAAUCUAAUGCGUCCGACGCAAGAAGAAAAAUAACUAUUUAUUAAAAUUACCAGUUUUGGAUUACCUUUGUAGAAUGAAGAUACGAAAUUUUCUCCAAAGUGAGACAAAUAGAAUUAACCGUAUGAACUAUACUAUAUGAACUGAAAUACCGACUGUAUCGUAAUUGUAGCUUGUAAAAGCUAUGGGUUGUAUGUAGAUUCGUAGGAUAUUCAUGUUUUAUUCACACACUGGUAGAGCUGUAAACAAUAGAAUCACGGUAACCAUUUCAAGCGCUUUGUCAUCCUCAUGCUUCUCAAAGUAUAUUUUACUUUAUUUAUAUCUGAGUGAUUCUAAUUUGUCAUGGCAUUGUCUGUUAUUUAUGUUAUCUUAAAAUGCAGAGUAAACAUGAAACAUCAUUGAGAAAAAAUUUCU